AGAAGUGGCACAGAUCAAGGCAGGACAGGCCGACGACAGGCUCGCGGAGAUGUGUCAGCAAAUUGAGCAAGAGGAGAAGCAAAAGGAGCGAGAUACAGAGGCACACAAACGAUGGCUGCAGGAACGACAGGAAAAGAAGAUUGAACUGGAGAGAGCAUGGAAGCCUCCAGUGACCCCAGCGUCACCUCAUCGUAAGAAGAUUCAGCGUGGACCCGGUGGUAACCGCCGCAAUAGCAGCCAAUCAGAGCCAAGCAGUGAAGCAGACAGCGCCAUGGACAGCCCCUUGAGUGAGCCACUUAAUGUUGAUGUGAUUGGAGAUGAAAGUACAGAAGUUUCUGCAGAAGUUAAGCAAGCGGCGCCUACUCCAACUUCGCCAUUGUUGACAAGUCUACUCAAGAGCCCAUCACCUGCUCCAACAGCUCAGUCGUCAAUCCUGCAUUCUGCUAUCACAGCAAAUCAUCGUGCAGGGUCAAACAACCCCACAAUUGCCAGCCUUCUGCAUUCGUCACCAGGUAUUCCCGCACCAGGCGUAUUGAGUGUGGCACCUCCACCUGUUACAGUGUCGUCUAGCCUUAAGAAUCUGGUGACAAGUGCUAUUGGAGCUGCAGGGGCUGAAGACACCCCAAAACCACCCUCUGCAUCUCCUGCUGCUGGAGCACCCACGCUCUCCAUGUUGCUUGAGCUGCCACCUAGCCUACCUGGCAAGCCUCUACCCGAGUUGCCUGUCAGCAGUGUUGCCAAACCUCCCUACCAGCACUUGCCUCCCAGCACCAACAAAGCAGCAGGGGAGGUGUGCCACCCUCAGCACCAAGAGAUGCGAGUGCGCCGCGAAGUUGGCACAGACGAACCCGUCGAAGUUGUGGAAGUGGAGCAGAAUUCUGACACAGUGACAGUACCAAAUUUGCGAGACCAGGUGGUAGGCCUGGAGGUAGUUGUGGAGCCGCAAGAUGUGGGGACCCUGAGGCCUCCACACGAACCUUCACAGAAACUGAUUGAUGAAGAACUCGAGGCUGUAUCACAAGCCAUAGCUGAUGUUGAGAAGAUGGAGAGGGAGGAGCAAGCUAACAGAAAGGCGUUGCUUGAGGCAAAGUCUCACUCAGACACGAAGGAGGCAGAUGAGAUUCUGUUUCCAUCAAAGAACAUCUUGGAAGGCGUGAAAAUGCUAGUGGAGGUGCCCGCCAUGGUCGAGACCUCUGAACCGGAACCGCAGACAGUGGCGGAGGUGAUAGAGGUGCCAGCACCAGGGCCCAGUGCUGGUGAUCUGGACAUCAUCAUUGUCGAUAGCAGCGCCUUGGGUGGACAAGAAGAGGUACUGCCUGACACAGAGCGCCAGAUGGUAGAAGUCAUUCUUGAUGGGAAGAGUGAGCAUGGGAAGAAGCAAGACAUCGCCAGUGAGGGCGCUGCAUCAUCUGAUCCUCAGGAAACACUCAAGGAUAGUGGUGAGAAGGUGACAGUAGAGAGUGAGCCACAGGACAGUCUGACAGAGAAUAAACAAGAUGAUUCAUCUAGCACUUGUGAUCCUGAUAGUGCAGGUGUUAGUGAAAUUGUGACUGCAGAAUAUGACGUUGAUCGAGAUCUUGGAAUGGAUGAAGCAUCUAGAAUUGAGAUUGUUGCCAUUGAAAUUCCUACUUCCAAAGCAGAGGAGAAAGAAAUCAGUAAGAGGGAUAGAAAUGAACAGCUUGAUAAAGAGAAGGAACAAAGCAUAAAGAGGGAAGGAAAUGAGAUGGUGGUGGAGAAAGAUAAUAAACAAGAGACACCUGCCAGUGACAGAGCUGUGAAUAGUGGAGAGCGGAAAGAUUCAGUAGAUAGGUGUGCAGCCACAAAGGACUCAGUGUCUGCUGUAGACUCUGAAGGGCAGUGUUUGGAGAAUAGUGAGGUUAAGAAGGACACUGUAAAGAGCGACAUGGAAAAAGAAAUAGCAGGAGAAAAUUUGGAAGAUGAAGUUGAAGAAAAUGUAGAGAGAGAGGGAGCUGCAGGCAAUGAAACAGUUGAUGAGCAGUGUGAGAAACAGCAAGAGGAUUUGCCAACAGCAGAACCUAAAGAGGGAAGUGUCAAUCAGCCCAACGAGACAAAGAAACAAGACACAGAGGGAGAGGAAUUGAUGACAAAGGUACAUGAUGUAACAGAGAUUGGGGAGGCAGUUGAUGAAGAUGACUCGCGUGCUGAAAGCAGUGAGGAUGAAAAGAAAAUCGACAAGAAGGCUUGGUCUGCAGACCACGGGGAGGAAGCUGUUUUGGAGAAUGCCAGCCCACUGGCGAGCGUCACAGGAGGCAAAACAUGGAAGGGGGAGGAGGAUGAUGAUGAAGAGGUGGGAGACAAGAAAGAGAAGGGAGCGUCUGAUGGACCAAAGCAGUUACCUGACAAGAUCGCUGCCACACAGAAAGUAACAGUUAGGGCUGAUACCCCAUCCACAGAGGAUGACAAGACGAAUGAUGCUGUGGAACCACCACGAAGUAACCGACGGCGGGGCGCCACUGCAACACCUGUUGACUCUGUGCCAAACAGUCCUGCCGCACCUGUCACUGAUGAAGACCGUGAAUAUCGAGCAUGGAAGAAGUCCAUCAUGCUGCUAUAUGGACGGCUAGCCACUCACAAGUAUGCGUCGCUUUUCCUGCGCCCAAUCACAGAUGACCAGGCCCCAGGCUAUAGCAGUAUAGUGCACAGGGCAUGCUAUAGACCAGGCUGGAAAGAGAUCCACUACAAAUGACACAGUGCAUCUAUA